UCCUCUGGAUUCCAGCCUCUGACUCACGCCCUGGUUCUCCACCCUUGUUCAUGCCUAGUUACAGUGCUUGCACACCUAUAAUCCCAGUGCUCAGGAGGCAGAGGCAGGCAGAUCUCUAGGAGUUCAAGGCCAGCCUGCUCUACAUAGUUUCAGGACAGCCUAGGAUACAUGAAGAUACCCUAUCUCCAAAGCAAAGCAAAACAAAACAAGAAUGUGGAUACCAAUACCAAAAAAAGAAGGAAAAAAAAUUAAAAUAACUGUGAGCAAGUCACAACCCCCAGCUUCUUAGAUAAUGAAACAAAUACAGAUGGAAAUCACAACCAUGAGAAAGUGCAGCCAGCGUGUCUGCUUCUGCUUGUUGGGCGGGGUCCUCGGUUUGUUUGUUUUGGGAGAUCCACCUCAACGAGUAAAGUUGGAGAAUGAUGGAGGAUGGUCCCUGAGAUCAACCCUGGGCCUGCACGUGUGUGCACACACAGGUCCGCGAGCCCACACAAAGGCAAGAAGGUGCACACUAAGAUACACACCGUACACAUGAAAAAUGGGGUGGGGGGGAGGUUUCAUUCUGGGAAACUGGGUCAGGAAAAUGCCGAGGAGCAAGCUAGGAACAGAAUUCACAGAAUAGCAUUGGGGGAGACUCCAGCCCAGGCAGAUCAGGGUGGGAGCCAGCCAGGCCCUGGCGCUGCCACAAACAUAAGCUAACAUAGGAGACUAGGGCCCAUGUGUACCGCAAGUUCUGUUGUUUUUUUUCUCCUCCUCUGAGGACGGAUCCACCACGCAGUAAACAUCCAUUUUAAAAGAGAAACAUGAGAGCGUCCCACCAGCGUUCCCAAAACAUCCUACCCCAACUCCUAGACCGUGUCUAAUUCAGUGACACUGGGAGGCAUUUGCGAUGCUGUCUGCAUGGCAAUACCCACUCCAAGAGUAUGGAGAAAGUGGGGUUCCCCAGAGAGAGUGAGCCGAGUGUACCUCUACGGAGAGGCAGCUCGGACACCCAGUCGCCAGACCCUGCCGGCCAUCCGGGCUGGAGAGUAUGAGGCCCUGCCUGAGAAGCUCAAACAGACCGAGUGGGCGCCUGACUUUGGCCCUAGUACCUUUGUCCCCAGUUGGGGUGCCACUGUCACGGGUGCUCGGAAAUUCCUCAUCGCGUUCAACAUCAACCUGCUCAGUACCAAGGAACAGGCCCAUCGCAUUGCUCUCAACUUGCGGGAGCAGGGCCGAGGGAAGGACCAGCCAGGAUGUCUGAAAAAGGUUCAGGGCAUCGGUUGGUACCUGGAUGAGAAGAACUUGGCUCAGGUGUCCACAAACCUCCUGGACUUUGAGGUCACGGCUCUGCACACAGUCUAUGAGGAGGCCUGCAGGGAGGCUCAGGAGCUGAAUCUGCCAGUGGUGGGCUCCCAGCUGGUGGGCCUGGUGCCUCUGAAGGCCUUACUGGAUGCCGCAGCCUUCUACUGUGAGAAGGAGAACCUGUUUGUUCUGGAGGAGGAGCACCGGAUACGGCUGGUGGUGAACCGGCUGGGCCUGGAUUCCCUGGCACCCUUCGACCCAAAGGAGCGGAUCAUCGAGUACUUGGUUCCCUCUAGUGGACCAGAACAGGGCCUGCUGGACAAGUCCCUGCGUGCUUUUGUUCGGGAAGUGGGCGCCCGCUCUGCUGCCCCCGGCGGCGGCUCUGUGGCUGCGGCUGUUGCAGCCCUGGGAGCAGCCCUGGCUUCUAUGGUGGGCCAGAUGACCUAUGGGCGGCGACAGUUUGAUCACCUGGACUCCACCAUGAGGCGCCUGAUCCCACCUUUCCAUGCUGCCUCUGCCCAGCUGACCACCUUGGUAGAUGCUGAUGCCCGGGCUUUUGCUGCCUGUUUGGAAGCAAUUAAAAUGCCCAAGAACACAUCUGAAGAGAGGGACAGGCGAGCGUGUGCCCUGCAGGAGGGGCUGAGACUGGCAGUUGCUGUACCAAUGAACCUGGCAGAGACUGUGUCCCAGCUAUGGCCAGUGCUGCAGGAGCUGGCCCUGUGUGGGAACCUGGCCUGCUUGUCUGACCUACAGGUGGCGGCCAAAGCCUUGGAGACGGGUGUGUUCGGUGCGUACUUCAAUGUGCUCACCAACCUGAAGGACGUGACUGAUGAUGCAUUUAAAGAGAAGAUGCACCAUCGAAUCUCCAGCCUUCUACAGGAAGCCACAACCCAGGCUGCAAUGGUGCUUCGUAGCCUAGAAGCCCGGAAGGAGUGAAGAGACCUCUCCAAAUGGAUGGUCCAACUUCCAGUGUUCCUUACCUAUCUUAAGUGGUCCAAGCCUAGCUUUGGGGGGGGGGGGCAGACUCAGCCAUGACAUCUGCACUGCCAGGUUGGCGCUCUACACACAGCUGUCUAUGCAGGAUCAGGAGAUGCGAUGGAGGUGGUUUGGGGUAGGGUAGAGAGUGGGGCCUGAUUGGGGUUCUGUCCUGCAGGCAUUCAGUCUCACACCUUCUGUUACCCAUGGCUUCUAGUAAAUUCUGAACACAA